CGCCCGGGCCAGGCCCUCCCGCAGCCUCCGCUCGGCCCGCCAUGCGGCCGGCGUUCUACCGCUGCCACAACUCCACCUCGGUGGAGAAGGGCAACUCGGCCACGAUGGGCGGGCUGCUCUUCAGCACAGGCCUCCUGGGCAACCUGCUGGCCCUGGGGCUGCUGGCGCGCUCAGGGCUGGGGUCGUGCCCGCCGCGCCCGCCGCCCUCCGUCUUCUACGUGCUGGUGAGCGGCCUGACGGUCACCGACCUGCUGGGCAAGUCCCUAGUGAGCCCCUUCGUGCUGGCCGCCUACGCGCAGAACCGGAGCCUGCGGGGGCUGGCGCCCGCGUCGGGCAGCUCGCUGUGCCAAGCCUUCGCCUUCUUCAUGUCCUUCUUCGGGCUCGCCUCGACGCUGCAGCUCUUGGCCAUGGCCCUGGAGUGCUGGCUCUCCCUGGGGCACCCCUUCUUCUACCGACGGCACAUCACCCCGCGCCGGGGCGCGCUGGUGGCGCCGGUGGUGGGCGCUUUCUGCCUGGCUUUCUGCGCGCUGCCCUUCGCGGGCUUCGGGAGGUUCGUGCAGUACUGUCCGGGCACCUGGUGCUUCAUCCAGAUGGUCCACGAGGAGCAGUCGCUGUCAGUGCUGGGCUACUCGGUGCUCUACGCCGGCCUCAUGGCCCUGCUGGUCCUCGCCAUCGUGCUGUGCAACCUAAGCGCCAUGCGCAACCUCUACGCGAUGCACCGGCGGCUGCGGCGGCGCCCGCGCUCCAGCACCAAGGACGACGUGGAGCCGGGCGCCAGCACCAGAGAGGCGUCCCCGCAGACCCUGGAGGAGCUGGAUCACCUCCUGCUGCUGGCGCUCAUGACCGUGCUCUUCACCAUGUGCUCCCUGCCUCUAAUCUAUCGUGCUUACCAUGGAGCAUUUAAAGCUGUCGAUGAGAAGAAUGGAACGACGGAAGAGACCGAGGACCUGCGAGCCCUGCGCUUUCUGUCUGUGAUUUCAAUCGUGGACCCUUGGAUUUUCAUCAUUUUCAGAACAGCAGUAUUUCGGAUGUUUUUUCACAAGAUUUUCAUAAGGCCUCUUAUGUAUAGAAACUGGCACAGCAAUUCCUGCCAAACUAACACGGAAUCCAGCCUGUGACAGUGUCUUAUACUCUUUGGUAAGCUGAGGAAUAUAUCACAUUUCCUGUCAAAAAGCCAUGAUAAAAAAAACUUACAAUUUAAAUCCUUAAAAGUUAUUUCCCGUAACAAAACAUCUAAGCAGUGUUUUCAAAAGUGUUUGCUGUAACAGCGUGUUGUCACUCUAUAUUCAUGAUCCAGUUCAGUGGAUUUUUUCGUUUUGAGUUAUUAACAGCAACUACAAUUGCACAUAUUGUAAACACUGUUAAAAGUCUUAAAGCCACGAUACUAAUUGUUCCAACUUUGUAUUUGAUGUCCCUAA